UGGGUCAUCAGGCAUUGGAUCGUCUGGCUCGACAGCGGGCAUCGGAUCACCAGGCAUGACAGCGGGCACUGGGUCAUCAGGCAUUGGAUUGUCUGGCUCGACAGCGGGCAUCGGGUCACCAGGUAUGACCGCGGGCACUGGGUCAUCAGGCAUUGGAUCGUCUGGCUCGACAGCGGGCACUGGGUCAUCAGGCGUGAUAGGAUCAUCAGGCUGGGUAGAGACAUCAGGCUGGGUAGAGACAUCAGGCUGAAGUGCGGGUGCCGAGACACCAGGCUGAACCAUGGAAGGCAGGUUCUCAGACGGCAGGUUUGGAUACUGGCAGGA